AUGGCUCUCAGUCAAUUUACCUUAUUUUCAAGCACUAUUCUAUUAACAAAGAAAAUGGUUCCAUCACUUUCAACAAUCAAAAGUUCUUGUGUUCCCUUUGCAAUUCAAUGCAAGACUUCUUCGGUGAUCUCUUCUGAUCAAAACAAUACUACUCGUCGAUCUGCAAAUUACUUCCAACCUUUAAUUUGGCACCACGAUUACAUCCGGUCAUUAACAAGUCAUUUUAUGGAAGAAUCUUAUGUAGAAGAAAGUGAUUGGCUGAAAGAAGAAGUGAGAGAGAUGUUCUCGAAAUUGGCAAAUCCUGUGGAUCAACUUGAGCUCAUUGAUACCAUACAAAGACUUGGAGUGGAUCGUCAUUUUGGCCUUGAAAUAAGCAAUAUCAUAGAAAGUAUUUACAACAACAAGGACACGUUAAAGGGGAAGAACAACAAUUUAUAUGUCACAGCUCUUGAAUUCAGACUCUUAAGACAACACGGCUAUAUUGUAUCAUCAGGUGUUUUUAAAGGAUUUCAAGAUAAUAAGGGAAACUUCCAUUCUGGCCAUUUGGUUGGUAUUAAGGGGAUGCUUUCAUUAUAUGAAGCUUCAUUUCUGUCAAUGGAAGGUGAAAUAAUUCUGGAUGAAGCUAGAGCUUUUAGCUCAAAUUAUCUCACAGAAUUUGUCUAUCAUAACAAGGAAGACAAUGAGACAUCACUCUUAGUUAAUCAUGCCCUAGAGCUUCCUCUACAUCAGAGGAUAUCGAGAUUGGAUGCUCGAUGGUUCAUCGAUGUUUAUGAAAGAAAACAGAAUAUGAACCCCGCCUUGCUUAGACUUGCUAAAUUGGAUUUCAACAUAUUACAAGCCAAAUACCAAGAAGAUUUGAAGUAUGCAUCAAUAUGGUGGAAAAGAAUUGGACUUGGAGAAAAGUUGAGCUUUGCAAGGGAUAGGAUGGUGGAGAACUUCAUUUGGACAGUGGCAUUUGCUGAGGAACCACAAUUUGGAUAUUAUAGACGAGUGGGAGCAAAGGUUAAUGCAUUGAUUACAACAAUUGAUGAUAUGUAUGAUGUCUAUGGUGAAUUAGACAUCAUACAUAUCAUCAAUUGA